AUGGCUCCAGUUCUGAGCAGAAGCAUGGCAACUGCUUCUCUGGCUUCGCUUCCUUCUUCGUCUCCAUUCGCGCUCGGAAACCCCAGCAGGGCCUUGAGCCUCAGAAGCGCUUUUGUGCCGCAGAAUGGGCUCCGAAAGGGCUUCUCGUGCGGCGGAUUGAAGUGGAAGGUUGAGAGCAGGAACAGACGAGUGUCCGUCCGCUGCGACGCGGCGGUUGCCGAGAAGGAGGAGGCCACCGAUGCCCCCGGUGAGAGAUUCGAGUACCAGGCCGAGGUGUCUCGGCUUAUGGAUUUGAUAGUUCAUAGUCUAUACAGCCACAAGGAGGUGUUCCUUAGAGAGCUUGUGAGUAAUGCUAGUGAUGCAUUGGACAAGUUGAGAUUUUUGAGUGUGACUGAGCCUCAUCUGCUUGGCGAUUCUGGUGAGCUACAGAUACGCAUCAAACCUGAUCCAGACAAUGGGACUGUCACUAUCUCGGAUACUGGUAUUGGAAUGACAAAAGAGGAACUCAUUGACUGUCUUGGAACCAUUGCUCAGAGUGGCACUUCAAAGUUUCUAAAGGCUCUGAAGGAAAACAAGGAUCUUGGUGCAGACAAUGGUUUGAUUGGUCAAUUUGGUGUUGGGUUCUAUUCUGCUUUUCUUGUUGCUGACAAGGUGGUCGUCUCUACAAAAAGCCCAAGGUCAGACAAGCAAUAUGUUUGGGAAGCAGCAGCUGACAGUAGCUCUUAUGUUAUUAAGGAAGAAACUAAUCCCGAAAAUCUCAUACAACGUGGAACACAGAUUACCCUCUAUUUAAGGCCGGAUGACAAGUAUGAAUUCUCAGAGCCGGCCCGGAUCCAGGGUUUAGUGAAGAAUUACUCACAGUUUGUUUCCUUCCCCAUCUAUACAUGGCAAGAAAAAUCUAGGACUGUAGAGGUUGAAGAGGAGGAAGAACCAAAAGAAGGAGAAGAACCAAAACCAGAGGGUGAGAAGAAAAAGAAGACAAAAACUGAGAAGUAUUGGGAUUGGGAAUUAGCCAAUGAAACAAAGCCUAUAUGGAUGCGGAGUCCAAAGGAAGUUCAAAAAGAGGAGUAUCAAGAAUUUUACAAGAAAACUUUUAGUGAGUUCCUGGAUCCACUUGGAUACACUCACUUCACCACUGAGGGUGAGGUGGAGUUCAGGAGUGUUCUUUAUAUUCCUGGAAUGGGGCCUCUUAACAAUGAAGAUGUAGUAAAUCCUAAAACAAAGAAUAUACGUUUGUACGUGAAGCGGGUAUUUAUCUCAGAUGAUUUUGAUGGUGAACUGUUUCCGCGAUACCUGAGCUUUGUUAAGGGUGUGGUGGAUUCAAAUGAUCUUCCUCUUAAUGUUUCUCGCGAGAUUCUUCAAGAAAGUCGAAUUGUAAGAAUCAUGAGAAAGAGACUUGUGCGAAAGACAUUUGACAUGAUUCAAGAUAUUUCUGAGAGUGAAAAUAAAGAGGAUUACAAGAAACUAUGGGAGAACUUUGGCAGGUUCAUAAAGUUAGGUUGCAUUGAGGACUCUGGAAAUCACAAGCGCAUAACACCCCUGUUGCGGUUCUACUCUUCAAAAAGUGGGGAAGAACUGAUAAGCUUAGAUGAUUAUGUUGAAAACAUGCCUGAGAACCAGAAGGCAAUCUAUUACUUGGCAUCAGACAGUCUACAAAGUGCAAAAAGUGCCCCUUUCUUGGAAAAGUUGGUCCAAAAAGGCAUUGAGGUUUUGUAUUUAGUUGAACCUAUUGAUGAAGUGGCUAUCCAGAAUCUACAAACAUACAAAGAAAAGAAGUUUGUAGACAUCAGCAAGGAAGAUUUGGAGCUUGGUGACGAAGAUGAGGUCAAAGAAAGGGAAACUGAACAACAAUACACUCUUGUGUGCGACUGGAUAAAGCAGCAACUUGGUGAUAAGGUGGCAAAAGUCCAAGUCUCGAAGCGUUUAAGCUCAUCUCCCUGUGUACUUGUUUCUGGAAAGUUUGGAUGGUCUGCCAACAUGGAGAGAUUGAUGAAAGCACAGGCCCUUGGAGACACUGCAAGUUUGGAGUUCAUGAGGGGCAGGAGAAUAUUGGAAAUUAACCCAGAUCAUCCCAUCGUUAAGGACCUAAAGGCUGCUUGCAAGAAUGCCCCUGACAGCACUGAUGCCAAGAGAGCUGUAGAACUCUUGUAUGACACAGCAUUGAUCUCCAGUGGAUUCACGCCCGACAGCCCAGCUGAUUUGGGAAACAAGAUAUACGAGAUGAUGGCAAUGGCCCUCGGGGGAAGAUGGGGUAGAUUGGAAGAUGAGGAGGUGGCCGACGGUACUAAUGGGGCAGAAUCCGAUGCGAAUGCCGCUGAAGCGGUGGAAGCACAAGUAGUUGAAGCAUCAGAAGUGAGGACAGAGAGUGAUCCAUGGAGCGAUUAG